AUGAUAAGAGAUAUUCGAAAAUGCUUCUUAAAUCUUUAUAUAAGAGAAAUCAAAAAAGAGUAUUACCAGAAUAAUGUAAAUUACUUAAUUUUACAACAAUGUCGAAGAAAUAUGAGUAAUACUAAUAUAUAUUUUGAAAAAAUAAAUGAAGAAUAUAAAAAAGCACAACAGUAUGUAAUGCUAAAUGAGCAAGAACUGUUAAAAAUAAGAAAUGUUUUGAUUAAAAUUAUAAAUGAAAAGGAAUUAGUUAGAAAUAUUAUUCAUCGUUAUAAUAUUCCCUUGUUUUUUCUACAAGAUACGGAUGUGAGAAAUCAUUUUUUAGAAUCAAUUAAAAAUGAUAAAAAUAAUUUAAUGAGCUUAAGGGAGUUAGCUACAAAAGAGAUAAAUACAAAUUGCUGUAGUAAUGGCUGUAUUGGUAGUAGUGAUAAUGCAAAGGUGAACAAAGAGAAUGACCAAAUGCUUAAUAACGAUUCUAAUGAUAAUCAUGUUUUAAGUCCGAAAAUAGAAGAGAAUAAAUGUUAUUUAAAUUCGUAUGAAAAACUUUUAAAUAUUUUUCUAAACUUUAUAAAAAGAUAUUACCAUAAACAAUGGCUAUUUUAUGAACAUAUUAAAAGAUUAUGUGAUUUUACCGAAAUAAAUGAAAUUAGAAAAAUGAAAAACAACUUGAAUAGAAAAUUAUAUCUUUAUGUUGGGCCAACAAACAGUGGAAAAACACAUGAAGCUUUCAACAAAUUUAUUGAUUCAAAAAACGGGUUAUAUUGUUCCCCUUUAAGAUUAUUAACAUGGGAAAUACAUAAAAAAUUAUUAAAUUUAAAAAAGAGUACAAAUUUAUUAACAGGUCAGGAAAUAAUUAAAAAAGCUAACAACACACACACAGUGUGCACAAUUGAAAUGACACCAUUAAAUGAAAAAUAUGAUUGUGCAAUAAUUGAUGAAAUACAAAUGAUUAAUAAUAGUAUACGUGGUUAUGCAUGGACUCAUGUAUUAAUGAAUUUAAAAUGCGAAGAAAUAUAUCUUUGUGGUAGUGAACAUAUUGUUAAUUUAAUAAAAGAAUUGUCCGACAUUUUACAUGACCAAAUCAUAAUAAAACGAUUUAAACGCCUGAACAAGUUAAAAUUAGAAAAAAAUGUACAAUCGCUAGACGAUGUUAAAACAGGUGAUUGUAUAAUAAGCUUUUCACGAAAUAACAUAAUGCUAUUGAAAAAUAAACUUGAAAAACUUAACAAACGUGUUUUUGUAAUUUAUGGAACUUUACCCCCUGAGUCGAAAAAAAAACAAAUAGAGUUAUUUAAUUAUUAUUGCGAACUAGCCAAAAGCAGUGAUAGCAAUAUAAAAAAUGAAAUUCAUGAUAUAGAAAAUUGCAAUCAUGGAAGUAACAAAAAAGAAACAGUUUUAGUAGCAACCGAUGUUAUUGGAAUGGGAUUGAAUAUUAAAAUAAAAAGAAUUAUAUUUUAUUCAUUAAAAAAAUAUGAUGGUGAUAUUAUCCGAUAUUUGAAUGUAUCUGAAAUAUUACAAAUAGCAGGAAGGGCUGGAAGAUUUGAUGAAAAUUGUUCAGGAAAUUCGAGUGAUGGUUUUGUUACGUGUGUAAAUUAUGAAGAUAUGAAAAUUUUAAAAAAUCUUUUUGAAAAUAAAAAUGUCAAAAAGUUAAUUGGUAAUGACGAUGAAAAUUAUUAUGAGUUAAAUAACAUGAAGGAAGAUACCGAUUUAAAUAAUUUGGUUGAUCAAUCUAUUGGUAAUAUACCAUGCGAUCAGCUAUUGGGUACUAUAAAUUCUAACACAUUAGAUGAACAGAUGAAAAAUGAUGUAUUAUAUAAUAUGGAUAAAUAUAGUGAUGAUAUAAAAAAAGGAGAAUAUUCAGCUAGCCAAAAUAAUAUUGAUAAUAAUAAAAAAAAUAGUAGUACUACUUUACGGGCAGGAUAUUUUCCAAACUUUGAUACUAUUGAAAAAUUGAGUAAAAUAUUAGAAUUUGAAUAUAAAGCUAAAAUUGAACUAUAUGAAAUAUUACAAAUAUUGAUUGAUUAUUUAAAAUUAAAUGAUUCUUAUUUUUUUUUAACAAAAAAUUAUAAUCAAAUUAUAUUUAUUGCUAAAUUUUUAAAGGAUAUAAAUAUAGAUAAAAAUAUACUCUUUAUAUAUGCAAUAUCCCCUAUCAAUAUAAAUAAUAUAAUUAUGAUAAAUAUUUUAAGGACAUUUGCUAUGUCACAUAGUAUAUUAGGAUAUGUUAACUUUUUUGAAUGUAUAAAUAAUGAUAUGUUUUCAAUGUUAAAUCAUAUGGAAAGCAAUCCGAAUAAUAAAAAUGGCAACUCACCAAACGAUGUUAAUAAUGAUUAUAAAAACAAUUACUACUUCAAUAGUCAUGAUAAACAUUCUUGUGGGGAGGAUAAAAUUAAUUCCAAUAAUAAUUUUAUUUAUUCAGCUUCAUAUAAUAGUUUAGAUAUUAUAAAUUCUAACUUGAAGGAUAUACAAAAUGAUAAUUAUCAAACAUAUAAUAAUUUAUUUCCUUUUUAUUCAAAUUUAACAAAUCCGAUGUUUAUGGAUUUAUAUAAUAACGCACACAAUAAACUAAAUUAUCCAGUGUGUGUAAGAAAUGAUACUCAAAACAAUGUGGGUUUUGAUGAAUAUAUAAAAAUACUAGAAUUUUAUUAUGAAAUAAUUGAUUUGUAUUGCUGGUUAUAUACAAAAUUUCCUAGUGUAUAUAAAAACAUAAAAAUGGUAAAUGACAUAAAAAAAAAGUUUUCUAAUCAAAUUGUUAAUUUGCUAGCAAAACCAGUAAAUAAGGAGGAAGGAUACUAA